AACUGUUCCUACCUAUAUUGUUGACCCCAUCAUGCCUAUCAGGAGCGAAUGGAGUCUGGCGCGUGAAGGUGUCACCGGCGAUACACUCGCGCGACUUGUCAAGCUUACAGCGCUCAAUCCGCUGUUCACUCUGCCACUCUUCCUCGCUGGCAAAUACACAAUCGAUGGUGGUCGCGUCGCCGCUGACCACGUGACUGCGUUCAAGUACCUAAAGACGCUGCUCAUCCUCGGACUCGCGGACAAGGUCAGCCAAUGGCUCGACAACGCCGUGACGAACAACUGGACCAACGACACCUACGUGUGGAGUCAGGAGAUCGUGGUCGUGACAGGAGGAAGUGAUGGCAUUGGCAAGAUAGUCGUGCAUCUUCUCGCUGAGAAGGGCAUCCAGGUCGCUGUGCUGGAUGUGCAGGAGUUGACAUAUGAAGCACCGCCCUCAGUCCGCUUCUUCCACUGCGACCUGACCUCCCCCGCCUCCAUCAACGAAGCCGCCUCCUCCAUCCGCAGCACGCUCGGCGCCCCCACAAUCCUCAUCAACAACGCGGGCGUCGCGCGCGGCAAAACAAUCCUCUCCACCACCGAGCGCGACCUCAACCUAACCUUCAAGGUCAACACCUUGGCGCACUACUACCUGGUGCAGCAAUUCCUCCCCAGUAUGGUGGAGCGAAACCACGGCAUGAUCGUCACCAUCGCCUCUUUGGCGGGCUACAUAACCGCGCCCUCCAUGGUCGACUACGCAGCCUCGAAAUCCGCAGCCGUCGCGUUCCACGAAGGUCUCUCCGCCGAGCUCGUCACGCACUACAAAGCGCCGCGCGUGCGCACAGUGCUGAUGUGCCAGGGCUACACGCGGACGAAGCUAUUCGAAGGAUUCGAGAGCAAAAGUCUGUUCCCUGAGACGGUGGCGGAGGAGAUUGUGAAGGCUGUGUUGGACGGACGGAGUAAGCAUCUGGUGCUGCCAGAACUGACUUGGGCGGUUGCCCCGCGGCUGAGGGGGUUUCCGCUGUGGAUGCAGUAUGGGGCGCGGAAGAGGAUGGAUAACAUGAUGAGGGGCUGGAAGGGGAGACAGGUUGUGCAGCCGAGUGAGAAGGAGGAGCGGGAUGGGAAAAGGGUGGAGGAUAGUACGAUAUUGGUCGACGGGGAGUAACGGAAGUGGUAUGCGGUUGUGUACAGGUGGCAGGUCUCGCCAGGCGUUAGAAAAGUUAGAAAAUAAUGUGAACGUG